AUGGUAACUAUUUAUCAAAGUGAUAAAAUAGCUACAGAUCCACUGCUAAUCUAUAUUUACUCGACCUCGUACACCGGCACCAAAAACAGUGAAUGUGUUUGCACUGGCAACUGCACUAAUGAUAAUGACAAUGAUAACAACAGAGAUUACCAGCGAGCAUCACUGGUCCGCUCACACAGUUGGCUAGAUACUGGUUGCUGCGUGGGUCAUCGCCUGGAGCCAGGAUGGAAUUCAGUAUUCUUCACCACUGUGAUUCUUUCUAGAAAAAUUGGAUCCUGUUUAAGAUGUGUGUCUUUCAACCCAUUCAGAUACGUGGCCAUCAUGUACCCUCUCCGACCACGAAUGGGCUGGAAAGGGACGAUUCUCAUCGUGGUAUGGAUCUGGGUAUCGUCCAUCUUCAUAUCGAUGCCCAACAUGUUGUUCUACACGACCGCAGCUCUGCCAAUUAAGGACGGAGGGGAGAGGAUCGUGUGCUACGGAGCCUGGCCGGAUGGAGACCAAGGGGAGAGUCAUCUCGAAUACGCCCACACGGUGAUCCUGAUGGUGCUGACCUACAUCGUGCCGCUGCUGUGUAUGGGCUACACCUACGCCCGGAUCGGGAUGACGCUGUGGGGCAGCAGGACCAUCGGGGAGCAGACGCCGCGCCAGAUGGAGAGCAUACGGUCCAAGAGGAAGGUCGUGAAGAUGAUGAUCGUGGUGGUGACCAUCUUCGCCGUGUGUUGGCUCCCUUACCACGUCUACUUCAUUCUCUCCAAUGUGAUGCCAGAGAUCGCAUUUUGGUCUUACAUCCAAGAGACGUACCUAGCGAUUUACUGGCUGGCUAUGUCCAACUCCAUGUAUAACCCCAUGAUAUACUGCUGGCUCAACAGCAGAUUCCGGAACGGCUUCAAGAAGGUGUUCUCAGGGUGUUGUCCAUUCAUACAGUACGAGCGAGAACCGCCUGAUGUGACGCGCAUACAGACGACGCGGUUCUCCUGCUCUGGGUCUCCCGAGACACAUCAUCGUGUCUCCUAUGAUGGUUCGGUGCACAUCUCCAUGAGGACGUAUGUGUCUGAGGGCGGCGGCAUGGGCGCUGGAGGCAACUGCGGACGUUCUUCCCACGGUCCCCUGAGGCUGUGCAACGGUGCCAACCUGCGGAGGGCCACAAAUGGGGCCAACGCUAGGAAUUACGGGGGCACUGGCACCCUGGGGGGGUCGGGAGGCUCUCCCAUGUCGGGCAGUAGCUAUACCACGACCUCAGCGAAGAAGAACGCCAAGUUUCCUUCAGUCGCAUACCAGUAUGUGUGAGUUUACCCUGGUAUCAUCUGCUUUGAGUACCAAACGGAGAGCGAACGUACUCUCGCUAGCCUGCAAUACGAACUCCCUCUAUCAUCAACACAAAAAGUAUCUCUUGCCCCUCGCUACAAUGAACCCUGAUCUCAUCUAUUUACCACGUUUUUGGGAUCUAAACUUGCAUUUCGAUGUGAAUGUGUACCACAUGAAGGUUCAUUGAAUCCCGUUUUCUGAGAACGUGCCGGGCUGGAUUAUUCCGCUACAAAGCUAUAUUGAAGAUCCUUUUCGUUCUGAAAAAGGACUGACCAAGAUCUUGAAGGAAGACAUAUAGCGUUGAAAAGAAUAACGUUUAGAAAACUAAUAACAACAUAGCUCCACUAUUUGAAGUAUAAGCACCAACAAUGGCGUUGAGGU